UAUUGCGCGCGAAAUCCGACGCCCAAAGGCAUCAUUAACUUGGGCACCAGUGAGAACAAACUCUGCUUUGACCUUCUGUCCAGGCGGGUGAGUACCAGGGCUGCCAUCACCAGGCCUUCAGGAAUCCUUUGCUGCAUGCCUCACUGGCCCUGACUGAAGAGUCGGGAGACAUGCAUUGCAGGUGUGCCUUGGGAACAACUCCCCUCCCCUCCCCUCCAAGCUCCUCCCCUCCCUUCCCCUCCUCUCCCCUUUUCUCCUCUCCCCUCCCGUCCCCUCUCCUCCCUUCCCCUUCUCUCCCCAGCCUCACCCUGUCUGCCAUCAGAACUAUAUCCAUCUCUAUUCCUUAAUUUCUUUUUAUCUUUACUGGGGAUUGAACCCAGUACUCACACAGUCUAGGCAAGCUGAACUAUGCCUUCUACCUUCUUAACUUUUUACUUUAAGGCAAGGUCUAAGUUGCUCAGGCUGAUCUUGAACUUAUUCUGCCAGGCAGGCCUUGGAUUCGGAAUCCUCCCCCCUAACCUCCAGUGUAACUGGGAUUCCAGGCCUGUACCCUCAGGCCUGGCUUCUAUGGCUGUUUCUAAUCUAGCUUGUAAAAUUCCUUAAAAUUUCAUCAGAUUAUGUGUAUGGGUGCUCUGCUUUCAUGUAUGUCUGUGCACCAGGUGCAUGCCUGGUGCCUGCUGAGGCCAGAAGAGGGAGUCUGCUACCCUGGAACUGUAGUUACAGAGUUGUGAGGCACUAUGUAGGUGCUGGGAGUUGAACCCAGGUCCCAAGAAGCUGAGGCAGGAGGAGUGCUAUGAGCCUGAGGCCAUCUUGGGUUUCACAGUAAGUACCAAGAGAGCCAGGGUGACACAGCAAGAGCGUGCCUCAGUUCUACAAAAGUGAAAAUAGCUAGAAUUGGUUUCGGUAAUAUUUAAUUUACCUAAUAUACCUAAAGUAUGACCUUUUAAGCUGGUGUAAUAAAUAUACAAUUAUUGAUAUUUUUAAUAAUUGUUUUUAUGAAGUCUUUACAAUUCAGACCAGUGACUUAGUAAGUGCUAAGUAGCCUCAGAUACCAGUGGCUUCUUUGAUGAACCUGCUGUAAGGAGGGAGGGACACGGCUGGACCCAGGCUUAGAGAAAUAGGUAAUUCCAAUUUUUCUGGUCCCCUGCAUAAGGACACUAUGCUGUUGGCUCUCUUUGACCGUAUAGCCAUGAUGCUCUAGUAUCCCUAACCCAGUACCUGUCUAUACGAGGAAUGAUCUAAAAUUUGCUGCCACACACAAAGGGUGAGAUUGAGUGGAACCCUCAGGAGAUGGUGUCCUAGUCUCCUCUCUAAAGCUGGAGCCAAAGCCAGGUUGACAUCACCUGCUGUGGAGUGUGCACCGACCUCUGGGGACACUGCUCCGCAUGCCCUCCCGCCGCUGCUUCUGCACCACCCUCUGCUCGUGCUGUACAGAGAGCUAGGGUCAAAGCUCUGGAUGUGGUUUGCUGGCGUUGCCUUCACUCUGAGCCCUGGGUUGCUUCUCUGUGAAAUGGCCCGGGAGUGCUGUCCUGCACUCCUGUCGCCCUCCUCGAGGAGCAAAGGAACCCAGCUGCUGUGCAGAUGCAGGCGACAGCUGGGGGCCCUUUGCCUUGCUCUGUUCCCUUUGUGUCCCCAGCUGACACAGAAUGACAUGCUUCAUGUGGAGCCCUCGCUGCUGCAGUACCCGGACUGGAGGGGACAUCUGUUCCUGCGGGAAGAAGUGGCAAAGUUCUUGUCUUUCUACUGUAAGAGCCCGGCACCGCUCAAACCAGAGAACGUGGUUGUUCUGAAUGGCUGUGCUUCGCUCUUUUCUGCUCUGGCCACAGUGCUCUGUGAGGCAGGAGAGGCUCUCUUGAUCCCCACCCCUUACUAUGGAGCCAUAACCCAGCAUGUCUAUCUCUAUGGCAACGUCCGGCUGGCCUAUGUCUACCUGGAGAGUGAGGUAACUGGAUUGAACACACGUCCCUUCCAGCUCACAGCGGAGAAACUGGAGUUGGCCCUGCACGGAGUUAAUUCUGAGGGUGUCAAGGUCAAAGGCCUCAUCCUCAUCAACCCCCAGAACCCUCUGGGUGACAUCUACUCCCCUGAAGAGCUACAGGAGUUCCUGGGAUUUGCCAUGAGGCACCAGCUUCAUGUGAUCAUGGAUGAGGUUUACAUGUUGUCCGUGUUUGAAGAGUCUCUUGGGUACCGGAGUGUCCUAAGCCUGGAAAGGCUGCCUGACCCCCAGAGGACACAUGUGAUGUGGGCCACCAGCAAGGACUUUGGGAUGUCUGGACUCCGCUUUGGCAUCCUGUACACAGAAAAUCAGCAUGUGGCUACUGCUGUGGCCUCCCUCUGUCGCUAUCAUGGCCUCAGUGGCCUGGUCCAACACCAGAUGGCACAGCUGCUCCGGGACCAUGACUGGAUCAGCCAGGUAUACCUGCCAGAAAACCACGCUCGGCUCAAGGCUGCCCAUACCUACAUCUCAGAGGAGCUCAGAGCCCUGGGGAUACCGUUCGUGAGUCGUGGGGCAGGCUUCUUCAUCUGGGUUGACUUAAGAAAGUACCUGCGCAGAGGCACCUUUGAGGAGGAGGGGCUUCUCUGGCGCCAGUUUUUGGACAACAAGGUGCUGCUGUCCUGCGGGAAGACCUUUGAGUGCAAAGAACCCGGCUGGUUCCGGGUGGUCUUCUCAGACAAGGAGAACCGGCUCCGCCUGGGAAUGCAAAGGGUUCGGCAGGUGCUUGAAAGGCUACCUCAAGUGGUAGAAGAAUCAUCUCCCUGUCACACUCAGGAGCCAAGUACCCAGCCCGUGUGAGCAGGCCAUUACCUCACAAGCACCCACUGUCCCUCACGACCUGGACAAGAAAGGCCACGGGAGAUUAAAUGUGGAUGUGCUGUUUGUUGACAGGACUUUGUCAUUUGGCUUUGGCCUUGAAGAGCCCUUUGUGCUGGCAGUGUGAAGCUGUUUAAACUGGGCUGUUGCUGUCCUCUGUUCAGUGGGACUGGGACCAGCCAGAUGCCUGUGCUGUGAAUAGUGUACAAAAUAGGGAAUCCUGACUGUUCCUGACCACAGCUCCUCUCUAGAUCACAAGAGUAAACAAGCAACUGUUUAUUCUUUGUGA